UCCUCUUCUUCUUCCUUCGCGCACUUCACACUGACAUUACACAACACAACUCAACUUACACACACACACACGCACACACCUAACCCCUUCCCUUCUUUUUUCUCGCUCUUUCAGUUUCUCUCUCUGAAACUCCCUUCCCAGGUUGUUACUUGUUAGUUCUCCGUUUCUGAUCUUCCCACAUAUCUCUUGUUAACAAACUUUUUUCCUUUUCUGUUACCCCCAACUGAAUAUUCCUCUCUUCCCUGAGGUCUGUCAUCAAAGCUAUGCAAAGCAACAACACCUUUUUUAUUUUUUUUUUCCCCCAUGUUUCAUCUGUAAUUCUGAUUUUAAAACUUGAUUAAUAAAUAAAGGUUAAAAUAUCUUAAGCUUGAAUAAAUAUCUGAAGCUGCUUUUGAAAGAGAGGUUCAGUCGCUGUGUACACUACUAAUAAAAAAAAUAAAAAUAAAAAAAAAAAUCUAUAGGAAGGAACCAUCUCGAUCAUUUUUCAGAAGUUAGAUGAGAGCAGUUUAUUGACAAACUUAAGAAUUGAAGGCGAUGGGGGGUAUAUGUUCUAGGAAGAGAGAUCAACAAGUAAUGGAAGUUGAUUUGCGGAGAGGAGGAGUAUCGAGAAGGUAUUGUAGAAGUGGGAGCACAAAAUGGUUAGGAGCCAGAAGUUUAAGUUCUAAGGCAAAUCAUUGCCCUGGUGGGGGUACCUGUCCCUCUCUCAUGGACUUAUGCAUAAAUAAGAUACGUGAGGAUUUUCAUAAAUACAAUUCCUUUUCAAAUCUUCCACGAGACAUAAGCCAGCAAAUCUUCAAUGAAUUGGUGGAUUCUCAUUGCCUCACGGAAGCAUCUCUUGAUGCUUUUCGAGAUUGUGCUCUUCAGGAUGUUUACUUGGGUGAAUAUCCUGGAAUGCAUGAUGGUUGGAUGGAUGUCAUCGCUUCACAAGGGUCGUCUUUACUUUCAGUUGAUAUUUCUGAUUCUCAUGUGACAGAUAAUGGGUUGCGUCUCCUGAAGGAUUGUUCAAAUCUUCAAGCACUUACUCUCAAUUACUGUGACCAUUUUUCGGAACAUGGGCUCAAAUACUUUAGUGGUCUUUCAAACUUGACUUCCUUGAGUAUCAAGAAGAGCAGCGCUGUCACGCCUGAUGGAAUGCGUGCUUUCUCCAACUUAAUUAAUUUGGAGAAGUUGGACCUUGAGAGGUGUUCAGAGAUUCGUGGUGGAUUUGUUCAUCUUAAAGGUCUCAAAAAACUGGAGUCUCUUAAUAUUGGAUGCUGUAAAUGUGUUAUGGAUUCAGACAUGAAGGCUAUCUCAGGGCUUAUAAAUUUAAAGGAGUUACAAAUUUCCAACAGCAGCAUUACUGAUAUUGGGAUUGCUUAUUUAAUAGGUUUGCAGAAGCUUACCACAUUAAAUGUUGAAGGAUGCAAUAUUACUGCUGGAUGUUUAGAGUCUAUUUCCGCCUUAGCCGCCUUGGCAUGCUUAAAUCUCAACAGAUGCGGUCUCUUUGACGAUGGGUUUGAGAAAUUUUCUGGUCUUAAAAGCUUGAAGAGGUUAAGUCUGGCGUUUAACAACAUCACAGAUGCAUGUUUAGUUCAUCUGAAAGGUUUAACAAAUUUGGAGUAUUUGAAUCUGGAUUCUUGCAAUAUAGGUGAUGAAGGGCUUGCUAAUUUGACAGGCCUCACUCUCUUGAAAAGUCUAGUGUUGUCUGACACUCAAGUUGGGAACGGCGGGCUUCGUUAUAUAUCAGGUUUAAACAAACUGGAAGAUUUAAAUCUGUCAUUUACCUCAGUAACUGAUGGUGGCCUGAAAAGGCUGUCGGGAUUGACACAUCUUAAAUCACUUAAUCUAGAUGCCCGGCAGAUUACUGAUGCUGGCCUUGCAAAUCUUACGAGUCUGAUUGGAUUGAUAACAUUGGAUCUCUUUGGAGCACGUAUUACAGACUCUGGAACUGCAUAUUUGCGAUCUUUCAAGAACCUGCAAUCCCUUGAAAUAUGUGGGGGAGAAUUAACUGAUGUAGGUGUAAAAAAUAUAAGAGAAAUUGUGUCCCUGACACUGCUAAACCUGUCCCAGAAUUGCAACUUGACGGAUAAAACUUUGGAAUUGAUAUCUGGAAUGACUGCUCUGAGGUCGCUAAAUGUUUCAAAUUCUCGUAUAACCAAUGAGGGACUGCAGUAUUUGAAGCCUUUAAAGAAUUUACGCACUCUUUCCUUGGAGUCUUGCAAGGUUACUGCUUCUGAAAUUAAGAAGCUUCAGUCAGCUGAUCUUCCAAAUUUAAUAAGCUUUCGGCCAGAAUAGACCAGUAGAAUGGAGAGAACUGCUAUCUGCCUGGUGAACAAUUCUCUGUACAUAUUUAUAGCUACCGUUGUGGAUAAUUAUGAAUGACUAUUAAGCAAUAGAAGAUGAGGGGUGAUUGUGAAGAAUGUACAUAAAAUAUUGGGCAUGCGAGAAUGUAAUUAUGCUUUAUUUUACAUGUUUGUAUUCCCCCGUCUUAGAAUAAUUGUACAUAAAUCUUUCUUUUUUCCUUUCUUCCUGGGAUGUGGAUGCCUAGCGGGGCUAUCUAUAUUGUCUCUGCACUAUGUAAUAACAUUCUGAUGUAUGUAAUACAAAUGUUUGAACCAGGGUGACGGUGCUUAUUAUAAUAGCUUCGUAUGGU